AUGCUCGGUAAACAGGUAGCAUUUUUGGGCACGGAAGGGAGGUAUAGCGCGAGUUAUCCGGCGUGGGACGGCGGGGAGGGGCUGCAGGCACAUACCCUGGGAAGUGAGCUUGAGCUGAAACUUGUUGUCACAGGCUCUGGAUAUGCUGAGGGGAGAGAGGGAGCGGAGGUUUUGAGACUGAGUGGCGGGGUUUGGGGUCGAGGAAGAGCUAUGGCAAUCCGUGUGCCGUCCAUGGCUGUAGCGAGUGCGCCCGCUGUGAGGGCAGGGUUGGUUCCGGAGCUCGUGAAUUCGGGGAGACUCGGGAGCUUCAAUGAUUUUUGUCGGAUGGCUUGGAGUGCGCGUGGGGCUCCAGCAGGCUUGAGGAUGAAUGCAGCUCGAAGAAGAGACGUGGUGGUCGUUGCGGUUGGAUUUACUGGAAGCGGAAGGAAAUCGAGAAGUGGUCAGCAAGCUCGCACAACACAGGUGACAGUAGAUGAGAAUAGCUACAAAAGUGAAGCUGACUUCACGCACACAAGGAGCUCCAACGAGGGCAUGGACGGCCUAGCCUCUCGUGAAGCUCAAGAAGAGGCUGAGUCCAGUAGAAUAAAUCGUAUUUGUGAUAAAUUAAUAGAUGUUUUUCUAGUGGAGAAGAACAAUCCGGAAGAGUGGCAUAUUUAUCUAGCUGUAAGUAAAGAAUGGCCGAAUAUUAGACCUCAUUUUUUCAGCCGCUGCAAAGUCCAGGCUGCUCAGACAGAAGAUCCUCAGAGAAGGACUAACCUGCUCAAACUUACGAGGCGUUUGAAGGAUUUGGAUGAAGAUAUGCAGCAGCACAAUAAACUUCUUGCUUUAAUUGAGGAGUCUCCUACGAAAUUAGAUGCCAUUGUAGCUCGCCAAAGAAAAGAUUUCACUGAUCAUUUCUUCGAGCACCUUCGAAUACUCAUUCAUUCAAGCUUUGAUGAUCAGAAUCGUAGGGAAGAACUGUCCGCUAUCGCGAAGAAGUGCGUGGCAACUGUUCAAGAGUACGACAAGAAUUCCAAGGACUUCAUGUCAUUAAGUGCAGCACAAAUGAAAUUUGAUGACAUCGUAAAAUCACCUUCUAUAGAAAUAGCAACUAAGAAAAUAGAGAAUCUUGCUAAAAAAGGCGAGCUGGAUUCUUCGCUUAUGCUUCUCUUGUCAAAGGCCUAUGCUGCAUCAAAGGAAUCUACUCUCAUGAAAGAGGAGGCUAAGGACGUCAUGCUCCAACUUUAUAAUGCUGCUAGAGGUAACAUGUCCCGCUUAGUGCCCAAAGAAGUUCGAAUAUUGCGUUACCUCCUUAGCAUCAAUGAUCUUGCUGAAAGAUCUGCAGAAAUGAGAAAUGCCUUUAUUCCUGGCCUUGAAAUGGAAGGAAAAGAUGUUGACCAACUUUACACGACCCCGGAGGCAUUGCUUAUGACUAUUCAGAAUCUUCUUGAUGCUGUCGAUACGAACAGAAAAGGUGCUUUAUUGAAAGAAGCUCGGAAGCUGAUCCAACCGAGUGUUUUAGGUCGGCUGAGAGCCAUAAAACAGGAGCUGGAGUCCCAAUACAUGUAAGAUAUUUAAGUGAACAUCGUGCAAGGGAUCGCAAAAAGAGACCCAUCUGAAAAAAAAAGGUUUCUGCCAAUCCCUCUCAGUAUGCGUCCAUUAUUUUCAGUGUGGAUGUUUCUAGAGUUGAUUUUUCAGAUGCGUAGAAAAGCAACAAAUUGUGAUUGAAGUCUGGUAAAUUAUGAGAUUAUUCAAACAUAUCUAAUUACUCGA